AUGAGGAUGGAGCUCUUCCUCUUGGUCUUUUUCACAUUUGUGUGCUGGCAGCAUGGCAGCACCUCCCCUGUGCCAGUCACAUGCCAGGACACUGCAGUGGUGAAGGCAGCUGAGGAGACACUGGAGCAGAUAAAUGCAGUCAGACAACAGGGCUAUAUCUUCUCUCUGUACCGACUUUAUGAUGUCAAUCAGCACAUAAAGGAAGAAGAUGUGACUCAUUUACACCUGACCAUAGACAUUCUGGAAACACAGUGUCAUGUGAUGAGCAGGAAGAAAUGGAAAUCCUGUGCCAUAAAGGGCAUUAGUGAUGUACCGGUGUUUGGGACGUGUGAGGCAUCUGUAACCAUUCAGAGCAGCGCCAAAGUUCACAAUUAUAACUGCACCAUCCAACAAGUGGCAGCGAGAACUGUAGUAGAUACUUGCCCUGACUGUCCAACCGCAGAGCAAUUAGAUGAUCCGGUUAUAUCUGAGACCACAAAACUGGCACUGCAGAAAUUCAACAACAAACAAACUUUUCCACAUUACUUUACUCUGCUGAAUAUAACAGCAGCCAGAAUGCAGUGGAAUGAGGGUCCAGAUUACUUUGUGGAGUUCACCAUUCAAGAGAUGGACUGCCUGAAAAACUUGACUGAUACUGAUUUCACACAAUGCAAGAUCAAGGACUCCCCUCGCAAGGGUUUCUGCACGGGUUCACACACCACUGUUGAUGACCAACUGGAGAUGAAAGUUCCUGUUGAGGUCAAAUGUGAUAUCUAUGAACCAGUGGCUAUUCAACAAGGAACCUCUGGACCCUUUGGAUCAAUACAUGUUCUCUCCCCUCCACCCAUGCAAAUUCCCCCAAGAGCCCUGCCAGUGGCCAGUAACUGUCCCGGGCCAAGACAACACAACCUUGGAUUGAAAGAUUUGAAUCUCUGAAUGAAAUAUCACUUGAAGCCAUGCGGUCCACUCUAAACAAGCACUGUAAACGUUUACAUGUUCCAAUAGUCUUUAUGCUCUUUGUGUUCUUAUGAUUCACAUAGGCAUUUUUUAUGGUACACAGGUUUUUGUCUAUGCACUGUGACAUAAUGACAAUAAAGU